GGGCAGGGUACGUAGAGAGCAACAGAAUUGUUGGAGUUGCAUUUUCCAUGCAACUAAUUAACAGUUUAACACUCAACAAUUCUAAUCUCUCUCUCUCUCUCUCUCUCUCUUCAUACACACACAAAGAGCUUAGACCAUGGAGGUGCUCUUGACAAUGUGUCUAGUACUCUCUCUUUUCUUUGGUUUUUGCUGCCUCUUUAAGUCAUUUCUCCAAAGGAGAGACCAGUGUUGCUAUCUACUGGCCUAUGAGUGCUACAAAGCCAAAGAGGACAUGAAGCUCCAAAGCGACUCAUGUGCGAAAAUCGUCAUGCAAAACAAGAAUCUGGGGCUGGAAGAUUUCAGGUUUCUCUUGAAAACCAUUGUCAAUUCCGGCAUUGGUGAGGAAACUUCCUGCCCAAGAAACAUCCUCCAAUGCCGAGAAGCAACCCUAGCAGAUUCACUCUCUGAGAUGGAUGAAACCAUUUUCGAUACACUUGACAAGCUUUUUGCCAGGUACCCUUCAAUCUCCCCAUCACAAAUCGACAUUCUCGUGGUCAAUGUCUCCAUGUUUUCCCCUUCACCCUCCCUAACAUCUCGAAUAGUGAACCGUUACAAGAUGAGGGAGGACAUCAAGACAUUCAACCUCUCCGGAAUGGGCUGCAGCGCAAGCCUAGUGGCCGUUGAUGUUGUCCAGGGAUUGUUCAAGUCGUACAAAGACUCAUACGCCCUUGUUGUGAGCACAGAGUCCAUGGCUCCUCACUGGUAUUGCGGCAAAGAAAAAUCCAUGAUGCUUACCAACUGUUUGUUUCGGUCAGGAGGCUGUUCGAUGCUGUUCACCAAUAGAAGAUACCUUAAGCACCAAGCUAUCUUGAAAUUGAAGACUUUGGUAAGAACACAUAUCGGCUCGAGUGAUGAUGCUUACAAUUGUUGCAUACAGCUAGAAGAUGAUAGUGGUUACCUAGGUUUUCGACUUACCAAAUACCUCACAAAAGCAGCAGCUCUUGCUCUCACAAUAAACCUACAAGUUCUAGUGCCAAAAAUACUUCCACUAAGGGAAAUACUCCGGUACCUGGUGGAGUCUAGGCUGCGGAAGAAAAGUGGUACCAAGAGCCAAAACCUAGAAGCAGUUGGAGUUGGUUUGAAUAUGAAGGCCGGAAUAGAGCACUUUUGUAUCCACCCUGGUGGAAGAGCAAUCAUAGAUGGGAUUGGCAAGAGCUUAGCGUUAAGCGAGUAUGAUCUCGAGCCGUCUAGAAUGGCACUUUUCCGAUUUGGUAACACAUCAGCUGCUGGGUUUUGGUAUGCUUUAGGAUACAUGGAAGCCAAAAAGAGGCUCAAGAAGGGUGAUAGGAUUCUUAUGAGUGGAUUUGGAGCAGGUUUUAAGUGCAACAAUAUUGUUUGGGAAGUGGUGAGGGACUUGGAUGAUGCCAAUGUUUGGAAAAGCUGCAUAGAUAGUUACCCUCCACAUAUUAUAGCCAACCCUUUCAUGGAAAAGUUUAGUUGGCUUAAUGAUGAAUGCCUCAGCUUUGUCAGGAUUGAUUUCGGCAAAUUACUCGCUUAAGUUUUCGAUAGUACUUGGACUAAAUUAUUUUUCUUGUCGGUUGUUCAUUAUAUAUAUAUAUAUUUAUAAAUAAAUGUUUGAAGUUGCUCAUGUAAAGGGUAGCGUCAAAUUUGUUAUAUGAACUUCUUGUCAAAAGAUAAUAGUGUAUGUAUCUCAUACAUAAACCCUCUAGAGCAGGUGCUUCUAUAUAUUGUUUUGCCAAAUUAAUCAAUAAAUUAAGGUUUCUGU